CUAGUGCUCCUUCCCUGCCUUCAUAUACACCACUGUUAUUUCCUUGUCACUCUCACUACAUCACCACAUGGAUUCUCUAUCAGAAAAGCUUGAUCAGGCCCUCCUAACUACAAAUGACCCACCAUCACCUUCAUCACCGCCAUCUCCGUCGUUACUGACCAAUGAUCACCGAUCAAGUCAUGGGCUCGAAAGCGUCCUAUCAGACAUCCAAGUACCAUACUUCAACCGCCUCCGCUACGCCACCGUCAUAGAACUAAAGCUCUUGUUCCACCUCGCUGCCCCGGCUGUCGCAGUGUACAUGAUCAAUUAUGUAAUGUCUAUGUCCACGCAGAUCUUCUCCGGCCACCUUGGUAAUCUUGAGCUGGCUGCAGCCUCUCUCGGCAACAACGGCAUCCAAGUCUUCGCCUAUGGCCUUAUGCUUGGAAUGGGAAGUGCAGUUGAAACCCUAUGUGGCCAAGCCUAUGGGGCCCACAAAUACGACAUGCUCGGCGUCUAUCUCCAGAGAUCGACCAUCCUCCUAAUGGCAACAGCAGUCCCACUUACCAUAUUUUAUAUUUUCUCUAAACCUAUUUUAAUACUCCUCGGAGAGUCCUCGACGAUUGCCUCUGCUGCUGCAAUCUUCGUCUAUGGCCUCAUCCCUCAGAUAUAUGCAUACGCUGCCAACUUCCCUAUACAGAAGUUCUUGCAAGCUCAGAGCAUUAUCGCCCCGAGCGCCUAUAUCUCAAUUGGGACAUUUGCCUUACACCUCCUCUUGAGUUGGCUGGCAGUGUAUAAGAUCGGCCUCGGGUUGCUCGGUGCGUCCUUGUUAUUGAGCUUCUCAAAUUGGAUCUUGGUCGCUGCCCAGUUCGUGUAUAUAUUAAAGAGCGAGCGGUGCAAGUACACAUGGACAGGUUUUUCGCUGCAGGCGUUUUUGGGGCUGCCUGAGUUCUUGAAAUUGUCGGCGGCAUCGGCAGUGAUGUUGUGCUUGGAGGCAUGGUAUUACCAGAUACUGGUUUUGCUGGCCGGGCUGCUGAAGAAUCCUGAGCUGGCCUUGGAUUCUCUCGCUAUAUGCAUGACAAUCAACGGCUGGGUUUUUAUGAUUUCCGUUGGAUUCAACGCGGCUGCGAGCGUGCGAGUGAGCAAUGAGUUAGGUGCAAGGAAUCCCAAGUCAGCAUCAUUCUCCGUCGUGAUUGUAACCUUAACUUCUUUCAUAAUUUCCGUAAUAGUAGCCUCGGUCGUCCUAGCUCUACGCAAGGUCAUCAGCUAUGCCUUCACAGAAGGAGAAGCCGUAGCGAAUGCAGUAUCAGAUCUUUGCCCAUUGCUCUGCAUAACGCUCAUCCUCAACGGUGUCCAACCCGUCUUGUCUGGUGUUGCUGUCGGCUGUGGAUGGCAAACAUUCGUGGCUUUCGUAAAUGUGGGAUGCUAUUACAUAAUCGGGAUUCCAUUAGGUGCGCUGCUCGGCUUCAAGUUCGACCUCGGAGCAAAGGGAAUAUGGACGGGUAUGAUAGGUGGUACCGUGAUGCAAACCCUAAUCCUAUUGUGGGUCACAUUCCGAGCAGAUUGGAAUAAAGAGGUUGAAGCUGCCAUACAACGCUUGGAUAAGUGGCAUGAUGAUAGUGGCCCGCCUCCUCUUACUAAGAACUGAAGAUGAAGACGGUCCUUGUACUUUCUUUUCUUUCCCCCAUAAAUAAACGCUCAUAACUUCUGGCCGGUAUUUGUGUCGGUUGAACGAUCCAAUUCCAACCUUCAUUCACCAUGAGGCAUCGUUGGUCCAUCACUGCAGCUGAUCAUCUCGUCUUGCAUUUAUGAGAGAGCUUACAUGGGCUAUUAUUUGUAUCCCUUGUUCGCUUUUCUUUUGCAUAGUUGUAGGAUUUGUAUGUUCCCUAAUGGUGCAUUUCCUAUUGAAGUGAAAUGUGAUUAUCGUUUGUCUAAUAGUGAAAACAACUAAAUAGUAA